AUGUCCGGUGCAGGUAAUGAAAGAUUUCGCUUUUCUGUUUUGGGUGGCGUCAUUACAAUGUUUCCAUCAGCACAGUUGUUGUUCUUCUUUAUUGCUUAGUCAGAUAACCUCUCUGUACUGGUGCGCUCUAUGUUUCUCUGCUGCAUGCUGUUUCUUCGUUUUCUCGCAGUCAGAGAGUGGAGAAAUAUCACGCGGCAGAGAAAAGUUAGGGCGCGCCUUAAGACACCCCAGUUCAGAGCUUCUCGAGUUUCAGAGACUCCUCCCAAAGAUGAGCCAACAUCGGAGAUUCUCACUAAAAGUGAGAAGAAAGACGAUUUUUGCUCCGAGUCGGGACCUUUUCGGACCGUUUUAAUGAUAGCUAUUUUGCUUAUAAUCAACACGUUGAACUAUAUGGAUCGGUAUACUGUUUCAGGUGAUCAGAAUAUCGAUUUAAAAGUCGAAAAUAGCCUUUAGGAGUCCUCACUAGCGUUCAAACCUACUAUUCUAUAAACGACUCGACUGGCGGGCUUAUUCACACGGUUUUCUUGGUUUUUUACAUGUUCGCCUCGCCUUUUUGUGGAUUUUUGAGUGACAGGUCUAUCCGGGAAAGAUUUUGAUGUUCAUUCACUGAACUUUUCUUCAGGUACAAUAGAAAAUGGAUUAUAUUCGUCGGAAUUGCGAUUUGGGUGGUCGCCGUGUUGGGCUCGACUUUUGUUCCUCCUAAUGUUAGCUUUAAAAAAAAUAUCAUAGUCAUUUCUUCCCGAAUUGGUCAAUCCAUCCCGACUACAAAAGCGAGGGAGGCGAAGAAGUGAGCGGCACGCGUAGCGUUUGCCAAUGCGGUUUUUGGCACGAGUUCAAUUCAAGUCCCACCGACUAUUUAAAAAGCUCGGUCACCGCUCUUUUUGUACUUAUUCUGCAAUUUUUAAUCAAAAAAUCGAUGAACAAUCGAAAAAAGAUGGAAAAAGCGAUAAACGAGCUAUCCAAGUAGUCGCUGGCGGUUGAGUUGAACCCGUGCCAAGAAGGCGCACGCUACGCGUCCCGCCUUCCUCGCCUUUCAAUUCGGAAAAACUGACUAAAAAAUCUAAGAUUUCAAAAAUCUGCCUUCGCACAGAGAAAAAAAAGAUUGGUAUAAUUCGAAAAACGCUUUUUGAAUUUAUAUUUUGUGAUAUUUCAGUAGAGAAGAAAUAUCUAACGAACUACAACUGCCAUAAUGUAAUAUUCAUUAACUUUUUUUGGUUUUGCUGAAUAUGUUUCAAACUUUAUCCUCAAGAUGUCUUCUAAUUAAAUAGGAUAGAUAAAUUCUAAUUUUUUUAUUUAAUUAGAUCGGAAGAUCUUUUGUUCUCAACGUUCCAGUUCAAAAAUUAGCUUUGGUAAUCUUAGGUUUAAAAAAAUUCUCUUUUUUUCUAUAAACACAUUUUUUUAAAUUUUUUUCAAUAAUAUAAUUUAUUUACAGGCAGAACGAAAUAACAUGUACAAAAAAAGAAGGGAAGAAUUGGCAUAAAAAGCCUGAAAUAAAUAAAUAAAAGGCAUUUGAGGCCCUCACGAGCCUCUGAGCCAGUUUUGAAAAAUGAUAAGGUCAGAAUAAGAAUCGAGGAUUGUACAGAGUUUUAAAGAAAAAGUGAAUAGAAAAGGAAGCAUUAUAAAUUAUGAAACAGUGUAGCACAGGUAUUAGGGUGGCAGGAAAGAAAUGCGUGUUUUUGAUGUCAUUUAAAUUUAUCAUAAAAAUAAGGUUAUCACAAAUUAAUUCGAAAUGUAAGAAGUUGCACCCCCAAAUUUGGACUUCAUCGGAGUUUUUCAAUUUUUUUUUUGGCUGUUCAGCGAUCCAAUGAUUCGGAAAGAUGAUAAAUGCGAAGAGCCAUGUCUGAGCAAUGUAGCGGAAAGAGCAGGAAUUUGCAGAACAAUUUUUCUAAUUUUGGGCAAACACAUUUUCGCAAAAAAAAAAAAGCGAUAUUGCGAAGCCAUUUUUCAUUUCUCAUUUUUUGCACCCCGUUGCGUAAAAAACUGUUUUCUUUUGCAGAUAUGGGUGUGUAAUAACUGAUGAGCCAGUUUCACAGGUGUCUGUUUUGGAUCCAGUCUAAUGGCAUUUUAAAAUCGCCUUUAUCGUCGAAUUUUUCGUGUUUUUCGAUUUCAAAGGUCUUUUCGCCUAGUGAAUAGCGCUAAAGCAAUUCAAAAUGUUAACUAUUAGAAAAAAUCAUCAAUGGUGAUCAUAAUAUUGAAAGGUGCCAAGCUUCCGAAUUUGAUUUGUACUUUUUGAAAUAACGCGAAAACUAGCUCUGCGAAUACAUUUUUUGAAAGGAAGUUUUCAGAGCUAUGUUUCUUAUAGAAAGGCGGAAUGAACGUCAGCAAAUUAUAUAUCCAAUGACGCACAAGGACAAGCCCUUUUUGACAAAAAAUACCAUUUCAAAUAAUAUUGCUUCUUGGAUGGAUUAGAAGCCGACAAAAACGAGCCGCAUUUCUUUCAUGCCAACCUAAUAAAUGGGGAAUUUAAUUGGUUGUAAUGAUAUAAACACGCAUUAGAUGGAUUAGAGCAGGGAUGAAGCACGGGUACCUGGUUCAACGGAGUCUGCUGGGAAUAGUUCCAAAAAGGAAAUUGUUAUCGAGGGAUAGUAACAAAGACCUGAAACGAUCUGGAGAAACAUUGAGGUUUCCCAAUGUAGCCAGUUUAUUCCAAAGAGGGAUGAACAUCUCAAAGAAAUUUUCAAAACGAAUCCCUACUCUGAUAAGACGUGAUGGAGCACGUGCUGAAUUUGAUCUCCUGAAAACACUGUGAGCAACUGGCAAAUGACGUUUAUCAACAGUCUCUGAUCAGAUGUAAAGAGCAGACGUGUCAUAAAACUAAUAUUGAAUUUUUUCGGAACUGUUUGAUUUUGACCACAAUUCAUUAGAAAGAAAAGUCAUCAUGAAUCUUUUUAAUUUUACAGAUCCUUCGGUUUUUCUCAGUCCCGAAUUUCUUUGAUAAUCUGACAAUAAAACAAACAUUUUGAAGCUUUUCUGGGUGUUCCUGCUGAUGAGAGGCCUCGUCGGCAUCGGCGAGGCUUCCUACAGCGUCGUGGCGCCGACAGUCAUUGCCGACAUGUUCACGGACGUCAUGAGAAGCCGGAUGCUCAUGCUCUUCUAUUUUGCCAUCCCGGUUGGAAGGUUAGAAUUCAGAAAUAGAAGGACCGAGUAGAAAUACCUUUUUUGAUGUUCGGUUCAUACGUGUUUUCAUUUUCUAAAAGUUUCCGCUGAACCAGUCAAAAAGGGAGAAAGAUUUUUCAUCGGUUCAAUACUCGAUUUGGUCAAAUGAGUAUUCUCCAUAGCGCGUAAGUCGUUUCUAGUCGGAUGCGUCUUUAGGCUGCUUUUAUGCUCGCAACCAUUUUCUUUCAAAAUAGAAAGAUCUGCUGAAGCUUGAAUUCGAUCGCCACAUAUCCGUGCCUUUUUUCGUUAGGAAAAGUAGAUUGUUGAAAAUUCAAUGAACAAAUUGGAAAUACAAAUACUUUUUUUCGGCAUUUUUCGACCGCAUUCCAUUAUCAAAAAAUCAUUUUUCCUUUUCUAGUGGCCUCGGUUUUAUCGUCGGUUCGGUGGUGAGCUCGUGGACUGGCCAGUGGCAAUGGGGCAUUCGGAUUACCGCAAUAUUAGGUUUCUUUUACAUGUCCACUCAUCACGGUCACGAAGCGGUUCUUUUGCUUCGAUUUUUUUUGGAUUCUUCGACCAAAAAAAAAACCGCUUGAGCGCGAUCGCAUCCUUCAGUAUAUGUGAUACAAGCGACACUAAAGUGAGCAGAGCGAAAAAAUUCGACAAACUAGCAAAAUGUCACUUCGCGUUGGCAUUUAUAUCGAACCAUACUUUAUUCUUUUGAAGAUUUCAUCAACGAUUUUUGAAAAUCUGAAGAAAAAAAUAAUAGAAGUGAAUAAACGAAACUUUUUUUAGGCUUCGGCUGCUUAAUCUUGAUUAUUCUUUUCUUUCGCGAUCCUGAACGGGGUCGAGCCGAAAAAAAGAAAAACGGCGAGAUUAAAGGCGAGGUUGAAGACAGCAGUUAUUUCGACACUCUUGUUGAUUUAUGCUCGAAGUUUGUCUCUAUUAGAUGUUUUUUUUUUUCAUAGAAACAUGUAUGUUUUGAGCGUCACUUUCAUCACUUCAACAAUCGGCUACACUGCGAUUAUUUUUGUUGUCGGGAUGUUGGCCUGGUGGCUCCCAACGGCGAUCCUACAAGGUGAAGCUUGGGACAAAGGCCUCAACUCAACAGAAGACCUACCCAGGGAUAAAAAGAUUAGGCGAGUUUUCUUUUAACAGGCAAAAAGAAGUAGGGGGCACCCGGAGUUGAACCGGGGACCUCUCGAUCUGCAGUCGAAUGCUCUGCCACUGAGCUAUACCCCCGAGAUGGAAGCUUCUCCUUUGUUUGCUUCCACAUCUUUUCUGAGAAGCAGCUCUGAUAUUUUUGACAACAAAAAGGCAAAAAGAAGUAGGGGGCACCCGGAGUUGAACCGGGGACCUCUCGAUCUGCAGUCGAAUGCUCUGCCACUGAGCUAUACCCCCGAGAUGGAAGCUUCUCCUUUGUUUGCUUCCACAUCUUUUCUGAGAAGCAGCUCUGAUAUUUUUGACAACAAAAAGGCAAAAAGAAGUAGGGGGCACCCGGAGUUGAACCGGGGACCUCUCGAUCUGCAGUCGAAUGCUCUGCCACUGAGCUAUACCCCCGAGAUGGAAGCUUCUCCUUUGUUUGCGGCCAAAUAUCCUUUUCUGUCGCGCUCCCUGUCGUUGAAUUGUUUGCUUGUCCUCGGCCCGUGUAGACAAACAAUGAUCUCUUGAUCUCUUGAUUUACAUUUUUCCUGUUUUCAGCCUAAACUUUGGAUUCGGAGCAACGGUCUGCUUUGGUGGCAUCUUCGGCGUCGCCUUGGGAACAACGCUAUCCUUUGUUUUUUUUCAAAGUUUUGCAGGAAAUUAAUAAUAAUUGAUUUCUAGCUCCUGAAGAAAGGCCUACCGCCGUUUUUCUUUCAAACCAGAAGAGCCGAUGCGUUGGUCUGCGCUCUCGGAUCCGUUUUCACGAUUCCUGUCUUUUUCUUUCUUCUGACCAACCUCAUCACCGAGAAUGGGACGUUGAGAACGGUUUGUGAUGGGGAUUUUGAUUAAAAUCGUAGUUUAGACCAGAAAAAGUUCGUUUUCCGCUUAAAAAGUCCUUUUUUUCAAAAUCGGAGUGAAAAAGUUUGAUUUCCCGCCAAAAGGGCAUUUUGUGGUAAAGUUGCUCUACGGACAUUACGUAUCGCCAUUUUUUGGAUUUUCUCUUUUUUCUACGUUUUUUUCAAUUUUUUUUUUCUGUUGUCACUUAAGUUCUUUUUGCCGUUAAAACGUUUUACAUAGAAUUUGCAUAUUUCAAAAAUGGAAGGCGUGAAAAUAAAAUUGCGUUUUACCUCGAAAAUACUCAUAUCUCUUAUGAGUAGUCCGUUCGAAUUACGAUGAAAAGCUCUACAAGAUACUGCUCUCAUACGAAUUCUCUUCUUUACUGCCCCUAUCCCUUUAACCCAUAUUCAACCCUAUCAGAGUUCCACUUAGUGAUAAAAAUAGAAAAUUUUGGAAUCUUCAAGCAAUUUGAGGGUCGAGUUUUUUUUUUUUGAUGCGAAGAGCUUUCGGUUCAAAUUAAUGAAUUUCAGACAAUAUUCUUCCUUGUCAUCAUUUUUACGAGCUUCAACUGGGCGACCAAUGUUGAUUUGCUGAUGGUUUUUUUCCAAUCUCUCUUUUUUCAUUUUGAAAAUUUUUACAGUCGGUGGUGAUACCACAGCGACGAGGAGUUGCCACUUCAUAUCAAUUCCUACUAUCGCAUCUUUUCGGCGAUGGAUCGUCGCCGUAUUUGAUUGGAUUGGUUGGUUUUCCUCAUUUGAGAGCAGAAAUUUGAUCAUUUAAACAUUCAUUCAGUUUUCAAAGAAGAUUUUUUCUUGGAUUUUGGAUAAUUGAAGAAUUUUUUUUGUCUGUACGCGAAACUGUUGUUGAUCAAAAACGGCUAGAACAUCUCGUCGAAUAUCUCGCCCUUCUUUUGAUAAUCAUGGACGUUUUUAGAACGUUGCCGACAAUUAGCUUCUUCUCCAUGUAGGAAAAUUACGGCGCCCACCUAGUCCAGGGCUGGCGGGCGUUGCAUUGAAUCUAAGGCGAGAGCAAAAAUGAAGACCAACCGACCUCUCGGGAGGUGGGAAUGAGAUUUAGAAAAAAAAAGGAAAGCAAAGCAAGAGUUUUAAAGCAGAAACAUUUUGAUCGUUUUGAAGUUUUUCUAGAAAAAAAAAACCGAGUACGAUCAUAUUAGUCAACUUGGAGCGAUCUGCUUUUAUAUGAACUGGUGCCUCAAUAUGGAUUUUAUUCAGCUCUCCGACUCUUUACGCGGCUCGGAAGACUCCCCGCGUGCUCGGUACGACUCCCUAGUGACGUCAUUCAAGUUUUGUUUCGCGCCAAUUUUCCUUUCCGGUGUAUUUUUCCUCGUAGCUGCCUACUACACGGUUCGGGAUCAGGAUAAAGCGGCUUCGAUUAUGGGUUUUGCACACUGAUAUUAUCAAUGCUCAUCAUAUUCAUUUAUAGGCAAGAUCGAUAAACGAGAAGGCAGAAGCUCGAGAUCUUCGCCGGUGGAUGCUUGA